GGGAGAGUGGUGACAAUUUCCUUCAUGAGAGGCAGAGCGGCAGCUGACUGGCUGAGAAUAAGUGGCACCAUCGUUGCUGCCUCUGGGAUUGAGCAACGAGCAAGCAUUCAUUGCUUGAAUGGGGAGGAAUUCCCUGAGACAAUUCAAGAGCUGGAUAGGUAUUUGCCUGUCAGGUGGGAACGCCUCUGCAACACACACACAGCCUGCAGCUACAAUGUGAGCCCCUGCCUCUCGCUCUUGCACCUCUCCGCCUAUUCAUUGGCUGCCUGGCUUGUCAAUCCCCGCUGGUGGGCGUUCUUCCGCGGAGCCUGCUGGGAGUUGUAGUCCAUCGGCGCUCGGCUCCGGGAGGAAGGUCCUUGAUGGUAGCGAGUAUCGGAACUCCAACUUCCAGAGUGCGGCGCGGCGCCGGCCGGCGGCAGUGCGGGGAUGGGGAGAGCGCGGCAGACGCCGGUCACCGGGCGGGGAGGCUGGAGGAGCGGGGCUUGCGGUCUGUGGGUCCGGUCUCGGCUCUGGGCCAGGUGAGCCUGCUUAACCCCGACUUCCCCAGAGCUGACCCGCGGGCACGGCGUCGAUGCGGUAUGAAUUACAGAGCGGUGGCGGACUCGGUGGCCGAGAAGCUGCUGGGUUACAGCAGGGAUGAGAGUGGCUGGAGGGCAUGCAAGAGGACGAAUGAAGUUUGUGUAUCCUGGAGACCAUCAUCAGAAUAUUCUGGAAACUUGUACAAAGGUGAAGGGAUAAUUAAAGGUGCACCACAGGAAGUUUGGGAAUGUCUGAAACCAGUGCCUGACGGACUAAGAGUGAAGUGGGACAAAAAUGUUAAAGUGUUUGAGCUGAUUGAGACCAUCGAUGAUACUAUGUCUGUGUGCAGGACUGUUACACCAUCAGCGGCUGUGGGCAUUAUCUCCCCAAGAGACUUUGUGGAUGUCAUUUUAAUCAAACGAUAUGAAGAUGGAACGAUAUCCUCAAAUGCUACUAAUGUGGAACACCCUGGCUGUCCUCCUAAACCUCAUUAUGUGAGGGGAUUCAAUCAUCCCUGUGGAUGUUUUUGUGCUCCCAUUCCAGGGGAGCCACGAAAGACCCACUUGACUACAUUCUUUCAGACUGACCUGGGUGGGUACCUCCCCCAAUCAGUGGUGGACUCUUUCUUUCCAUCUAGUAUGGCUGAGUUUUACAGCAAUCUGUCAAAAGCUGUGAAGACUUUCAAAGCUUGAUGAAUCUCUAUUUUCUGUGCCCCUCCCCAGCAAACCCUCUGAUUUACUUUUGCUGCAUUGAAGAUCAAUUUUUGAUUUGAGGGUAUUUUUGGACUGAUUUUUCAUCUUUUUGAAGAGAAUAACAAUUCCACAAUUAUUUUAAAACAAGGAAUAGAAUGGAGAGCGAAUUUGAGUUUGACAUAAUGAGGACCAAAAAUAGUUGAGCGCUAUGUAUGGGCAUCAAUAAUAAAUUUAAGCAGAAGUAUUUAAAUUUCCAUUAAUUGGGUAUUUAAUUGAGAAUAACUAUGUACUUUUAAAGAUUUUUAAUAAUUUUUAAUCUUAGACUAAAAUUAUUAACUUGCCCGGCAAUGAAUAAUGUACAAUUUUAUUUUUCUAAUUACAUAAAGCACAGGGGGCAGUUCAGCAAAUAGUCCCCUUUAUUUAAAUGAGUUGGAUAUCCUAUUUGUCAAAUGUAAAAUGAAAAGGAUAGAUUACAGCAAAAUAUGUUGUAUUGUGACAUGUUCAGAACUUUGUCAUGACAAGAAUAUCGGCACUAUCUGUUUCACAAUUUUCCACGGCAUUAUCCUGGAGUAGAACUUGAACUACAGAGCAGGCAGUGUCAUUGGAGCCAUACUUAAGUGUGGCCAGGUUGGAUGACCAUAAGCUAGAUUUGUACCUGGAGCAGACGCAGCAUGUACUCCCUGACUGAUCUGAAUUCAAGAGCAAUCCAUGUGGUAAAUCUUCAAAUUAGCAUCUCAAAGCAUUGAAAUUUACAGCCCAGGAGGCAGCCAUUUGGCCCUCGGUAUCUGUGCCAAUAAAAGGCAUGUCUGUUUCUGGAUGGUUAUGUAGUGAAUUAAUUACUUAAAAACUAAACUACUUUCCAAACAACACUCUGCCUCUGUGUUUGCCAUGGGUGAUGAGGAUGGGUGUGGGGGAGAAAAGUCAAGCUGUGGGGUAUUGCUUUACUCAGGGUGAAAAGUAGUGGAGAAAAUGUUGGGAUAUAUCUUCAGGAUUAUUUUCACUCCAGAGUAUUUAAAAAUAAAAUCAAUUCAGAAAUUGAUGCUUUCAUCACCAUCUUCCCAAGCUCCCAAUUUGGGCAUUGGCUCCCUGCAUUGGAAAACUACCAGUGUGACACCAUGACUGUCUGCAGUAUAACUGCUGAUGAAAAACAGUGAGUGGAAUCUAAGUUCACAAUGUGUUUGCAAAUACUGGCAGCAGAACCUCAAGUACGCCACAAGUUUCACAAAAUAUUUAUUCUUCAAUGAGUACUUUCCAGGUGCCCAGCAUUAGCAUUCACAGAGUCGAUGCAUUAUGGAAUACAUUCAUUCCUUCAAGCAACAUGUUUCCUAGUAAUUUGCUAUCUUGCAUGUAAAUGGUGUAUUUGAUACAGUUACAUUUGUCGAAGUGCUCCAAGCAAGAAAUUCUCCAUUUGUAUGAAUGUUUUUAAUUGUCGCAUCACUACAAGCCCUUAGUGAUGCAUAAUCUUCCAAAGGUAUGGAAUUUGAUUGAAUUUGAAUUCUGCUGCCUUAAAGAAAGAUGGUUUAAUUUGCACAGUAUUAGUUCUGUAAACAUAGGCCAGUGAUAUGACACUUUUUUUAAAGAAAACUUGCACUUUUUUAAGGGUUAGUUUUAGAUUUAAUUAUGAGGUGAAUCACUUAUUUAUUUGGAAGUGUCUUUCAUAGCUUCAUAAAUUGAAGAAAUUGUUGUCCCUGUAAUGCAAGUUACUGUGUACUUGAAGUUUAUGCAUUAAAAAUUCAAAUCUCA